AGAUCCAACCUCACCGGCCACCAGCUUGCCUCCAUGGCCGGUCGCUUCCUCCUCGUCGUUGCCGUCGCCCUCCUCCUCCGCCCUGGGGAUGCGUCCGUGCACGAGUACCGCGGGCUCAGCUUCGCCAACAAGGGCAACGCCUUCAUCCUCCACGCCGGCAGCGAGGGCCUCUACGCGGCCUCCCACGCCAACACCACCGCCGAGGACGCCGCCGCAGUGGCCGAAGCCUUAAUCCGGUAAUGUGCUAGCCAGUAGCCGUUCCGGUUCGCUAUCAGGUGCCUAAUUUAGUUUGAUGCGUGCGUCUGCAGUGCAAAGGGUUGGCUGCGGUACAGCUACAGCGGGGUGGAUGCUGGCAGCCGGGUGGAUCUUGGAUCCUACCGAGCUGGGUACUCUGCCGCCCGACACUUGGAUGGGUGCGGGUUUUGCGAGAAUUUAGUAAUCUUGCAUUCUCGCGUCAAGGUGUGCAGCUGCUGUGUGUCGGUGGUGGCUGGGAGGCGAGCGACAGAGCUAAUAUGCGUUCAUCUGUAUUGCCCUGAGCAGCAUUUACCUCGCGGGAUACGGGAAUUAUAGCUAAAUAGGGUGACUUUGGGUCAUCACUUCGCCAAUGAUAAAAAUGAGUUAACAUUGGGUGGCAUUGGAGAGGAAUAACCUCAAGCACGUGUUUUUACUUGUCAACUGCAGAUGCAUCUCAUAAACACCAUAGAAGGGAAGUUUUGCUGUUUUCUUCAUGCAAAUAUCAAUUUGGAACCCAGGCUUUUGCUGACCAUUUCCAAAAAUGCUGCAAGCUAUCAAUUUCUUGAAUUUUUACGUGCAAGCUCAUUACUCUUCAGUUUGACAAGAUUACUUUUAGGCGAUCAGAGGAUACUAAUAAUUCUGUAAAGGAGACUAGUUCAGCUAAGGUUCAGGUACUCAUUUUUGAGAUAGAAGAUCGUGAAAUGAUUGGUGGAUCAGCAUAUGGAGGUCAGAAAGCUAUUUGUUGUACUUCAGAUCUUGCGAAGUUAGGAGCUUGCACAGAAGGUUCUGUCAUCUACCGCCCAUCCCAGGUAAAUCCUGGUUGGCCAAAGUUGUUUGUAGCAUCUUUUGAUGGAAGUGACCUGAUCGCGACACUACCGUCAAGGACCAUUCCAAUUACCAAAACUGGGAUAUACAAUAUGUACUUUAUACACUGUGAUCCAUCACUUGCUAGUUUGGAAAUCGAGGGGAAAACCAUAUGGAAAAAUCCUACUGGAUACCUUCCGGGUCGGAUGGCACCUCUUAAGAACUUUUUUGGACUGAUGUCUUUUGCAUUUGUCGUACUUGGGAUCUAUUGGUUUUAUCAGUAUAUGAAGUCCUGGAGAGAGGUUCUUCCACUUCAGAACUGUAUUACUCUUGUGAUUACACUGGGCAUGUUUGAGAUGGCAUUGUGGUAUUUUGAGUAUGCUGAAUUUAAUGAGACUGGAGUACGGCCAAAAGGCAUCACAUUUUGGGCUGUCACGUUUGGGACUGUCAAGAGGACGGCUGCUGAAGUUAUUGUUCUCAUUGUCUCAAUGGGAUAUGGUGUUGUCACGCCUACUUUGGGUGGCUUGACAUCAAAAGUGGUCAUGCUUGGAGGAACAUUCUUUCUAGCAACAGAAAUUCUUGAAUUGGUAGAAAAUCUUGGUGCUGUUAAUGAUCUAUCUGGAAAAGCUCGUCUGUUCUUGGUCUAUCCAGUGGCCAUUUUAGAUGCUGCAUUUGUUAUUUGGAUAUUUAUUUCUCUAGCUAAGACCAUUGGUAAACUUCAGGCAAGAAGGUUGAUGGCCAAACUUGACAUUUAUAGGAAAUUUGCAACUGCAUUGAUCAUAUCUGUUCUGGUGUCUGUUGGGUGGAUUGGCUAUGAGAUUUACUCCAAAUCAACAGAUGUAUUUAAUGAACGAUGGCAGCAUGCCUGGAUUAUUCCUGCCUUCUGGCAUGUCUUGUCUUUCUUACUUCUUUGUGUCAUUUGCUACCUGUGGGCACCUUCACAAAACUCAAUGAGAUUUUCUUAUGAUGCAAGUGAAUUCUUUGAUCGAAAGGAUAAUAUCUCAUUAAUUAGGCCAGCACCCAGUGCAUCCAAGAAUGGAUGGAAUUUAUCUUCUACACCAGAGCCCAAAGCUACAAAGGAUGUGAAUACCGUAGCAGAUUUUGAAGGUGAUGAUGAGGAAAACAAAAGGGAGUAGAAUGUACUGUCGAUUUGAUUACGGAGGGUAUAUUUGAGAUCCUUUGAAGUGUGUGCUAGAGCAAUUUUGGUAUUUAGGAGAGGAUUGGCCAUGCUAGUUAUUAUUAAUGGAGCACUCCGCUCGAUGUUAUUUCUUCGAUUCGUUACCACUACAGUAGUUCUUCACAUGGCGAGUUAUGCUGUUAUCUUCAUAGUCUUAAUGAUGGUAUAUGAUAGAAACAAUUAGUCUGGUGUAUAAUAUUUAUAAUAAUGGCACCAUAUUGCUUCUGGUUCCUGUGAACUCGACAUAUGUUAUGAAUGUCAGAGAAUAAAUUACGAUAGAAACAAUUAGUCUGAUGUAUAAUAUUUGUAUUACUGGCACCAUAUUGCUUCUGGUUCCUGUGAACUCUACAUAUGCUAUGAAUGUCAGAGAAUAAAUUGUUUUGCUGGAUCUUUGUUAGAA